GUAUAUCUAUAAACAUAUAAACUAUAUAAAAAAAAAAAAUGUUUUUAUUAUGCGUCGAUAACGCGCACUAAUCAGGAGCGCGCAUACCUCGUUUGAACCCGGUGACGUUUCUGUUUCGGGAACAUGUCCUCACAAGUGAGACUGCAGCUGUUGCCGAGGGCCAGGUGUUUGUUUGACGAGCCCGUCCAGGUGAAAGUGGCCGGGGUGAAGUCGUACCAGGUGGUCACCAUGAAGGCCACAUCAACGGACGAGAGAGGGGUGCUCUUCAGCUCAUCUGCCGUCUACAGAGCCGACGAGAGCGGGGAGAUCGACCUGAACAGAGACCCCUCGCUCAGCGGGAGCUACGUCGGGGUGGAGCCCAUGGGCCUGCUGUGGUCGCUGAGUCCAGAGACCUUGCACAAGCAUUUCAACAAAACUAAAGCACUCAUCCCCCAGGUGGUGAAGAUCUCUGUGCACGAGGAAGGGGAGGAGGGCCAGAUGCUGGCUGAGGUGACCAAUGAGAGGUUUCUGAUUGCUGACGGGGUCAGCCGAGUUCCUGUCAGCGAGGGAAAUAUCAACGGAGUCCUCUUUACGCCCCCAGGAGAAGGACCGUUUCCCGCCGUGUUGGAUUUGUGCACCUUCAUGUCUGAGAAAAGAGCCUGUUUGCUCGCAAACAAAGGCUUCGUGGUUCUCGCAGUAGCUGUGUUCAAUGACAAGCCCGGAAACAUUAAACAACUGCACUUGGACCACUAUCAAGAAGCCGUUGACUACUUACUGAAACAACCAAAGGUGGGCAGCAAAGGAGUUGGAGUGGUGUCGCGAUCGAAGGGAGGAGAUGUGGCGUUGGCACUUGCUGCCUUUGUGCCUGGCGUUGAGGCCAUCGUGUGGAUCAAUGGAUGCAGCGCCAACAUGGGCCUUCCUCUUUUUUAUGAAAAUCGUCAGAUCCUCUCACAGUUGUCAUUUGACAUGGGCAAGCUGAUCCGCACCGAGUCAGGAGCAAGCAUCAUCAAGCACAUUCUUGGAAAUCCCCUGGCAGAGGAGAACGAGGGCAGCCUGGUCCCUAUUCAGAAAGCCAAGGGGCGUUUCCUCUUUGUGGCUUCAGGAGACGACCUGAACUGGGACAGCAAGGGCUACAUGGAUGAGAUGGUGGAGAGGCUGAAGCAUCAUGGGAAGAACAACUUUGAGAGUGUGUGCUACCCUCUGGCUGGACACUUGCUGGAGCCACCGUAUGGCCCCUUCUGUCCCUCUGCUGUACACGGCUUGAUUCCUUUUCCAGUCCUGUGGGGCGGCGAGCCCAAAGCCCACAUUGCAGCUGAAUUGGAUCUUUGGGAGAAGAUCCAAGAGUUCCUAAAGUCUCACCUGAGCCCUGAUCCGGCAGAUAGUACAGCCAAGUUGUAGAGACAGGAAAGAUAGAAAUUAAAAAAAAAAAAAAAAAAAGUUAAUUAACUGCUAUAUUGUAAUCUGCUUUUAAAGUUGACAAAAACUAUUGAAUCAAAGUCAGAAACAAUCUUCUUUUAACACUUGUUGAGAAUUUUUAAAGAAACGGGUAAAAACAGAUGAACAGGUUCAUCGUAAGAGUUUAAUUUUAGCCUCAUCCUGGCUACUGUAUGUAAAGAUAUCCCUGUCCCUCAGCGACACAACUCUCCUGUACUCCUCAAAGAAAUGCCAGUCUCUCCUUCUGGGAUUUGUCUUUCUCCAGGACUUUUGCUCGUCAUGCAAGAAACUUUUCCGAGCGGCUUCACACUGCUCACCGAGAGCAGAAGCCAUAAGAUAGCUGUGAAUGCAAUCCGGUUGUUCAGGUUUCUGUGUGGAAAGCCACGGCUGCAACAGACAUCUUGACCCUCCUCUUCAGGUCUGAUCAUGGAGGCAUGGCCGUAACACAAGGCCUGCAUGCAUGUUCACUCAACGUGAAAACACAAAAACAUUGUUUUUGGUACAAUCUGAGCACAGUCACAAAAACAGAACCACUCACAUUGCGGUCAUAUGUUUUUGUUUCUUUUUUCUAUUCUAUUGUGAAUAAAUAUUCAACAACAAAUUAUUUUCUUUUAAUGAUGUGAAGACUAUCAGCCUCUUUCAAUAAAAAUUAAAAAUCA